AUGAAAUUACAUAUGUGUAAGUCGCGUCGCCGUGUAAAGGAGUCGGUCGCAGGGGCCUCGCACCCGGCCGGCGAUAUUGUGGUAGAUGAAUCCGAUACUGAGUUUACUAACGACGAGCUGAUUGAUUACACACCCGCUGAGAUGAGUGGUGAUAUUGAUCGUAAUGGCGUUUUUGACACAUCUGAUGAAUACAUUUCGGGAUCCGGUGAUCUGAGUGUGCAGUUUGUCUCCAAUGAGCAGGCACCCGAGGCAAUCUCUGAAGAACGAGAUUACUCGCAAGUUAGUGAAGGAGGUGAAGAUUACAAGGUUACUUUACAAAAAGAAGAUGAUGUCCUUGUUAUGUACCUCGAGGACCUCAAUAUGGCACCCAUUGAGGAUCGUCGCAGCUUUACUCGUGAUUUCGCUAAGUUACAGGAUUACUGCAAUACACGUCUGCAUGAACUGAUGUCCGAUAAGGAUGUUGCACUGAAAUGUGUAAGUGAAAUAGUUCCGUCCAUUGCACAGAACUGCCUCGCUAUCCCCGCUGAAUGUCAAACAUGCCAACCAAUAGUUCGUGGUUGUCUCGGAUUAGGUGAUUACAGUGAACCUCAGAUUCUUGAGAGCAACGAGUUCCGUGUUGUAGAAGAUCGCUCACCUAUGGACAUGCCAACAUUACCCACCGGCAUGUGGAUGGUUGACACUAUUAAUGAGGCUCUUGACAAAUGGACUGACCAUGAUACUACCGUAUGGAGCAUAUUUAAGCUUCUCAACCUCAGUGCAUUACUGACCUAUUGUGGCGACCCAAGCGGUGAAAAAAUAGUGGACAUUUUGAGUCGUACCAGUUCAAUAGUUUCCCGUGGCCCUGAGGCUUGGAGAGAGAUUUUAAGAAAUAUUUCAACUGAAAAAACCUACGAAGAGAAACCUAUGCCUGUUGUACCUAACGCAUCUUUCGCUUCACGUUGUGAAACAAGAUUAGAUGAUGUGCCGGACAUAGAUUCCGUUCCCCGCGAAGAAGAUGCAUUUAGGGUGUACUGGGCAUACACAGAAAAGUGGUUACGCUCUCGUCUAAACCCAUCUAUUGGUGCUUCUCAGGAGCUGGCGGAACAAACACGCCAUUGGUUCAACUCUCUGGAAUCAUCGGCACAGGAACUGUUUACUAGGUUUUCGAGGACGCUGUGUUGCGCGCGCCCUUAA